UAUAUUCGAACGAUGGUUUCAGUUUUCUAAGAUUUUCUCGUACAAACCCACCCCAUGUGAAUAUAGGGAAAAGCAGCAGAUGGCCACCUAAGAAUAAACUCGUACGAAACCAGCAAUAUUGCCAACAACAGCAGCAGCAACAGCAGCAGCAGCAACAGCAACAACAACAGCAACCGCAUCACAUACAACAACAAUUAUCCUACAACCCGAAACCAUUGGUCCUGUACGAUCAAACGUCGAGCAACGUUGCCCCACCACCGGCCCCGACCGCCUCCUUUUUAAUCGCUUCCUCCACGUACACGCACGGCUCGUUCUCCGGCGACCAAUACAACAAUUCCGGAGUCACGUUGAUACCCCAACCCUACUUUAAACCGCCCGACGUGCAAACCUUCUGCUUGAUACAAGACCGGCAAAAUAUCCAGCAACAGCAGCAGCAACAACAGCAGCAACAGCAGCAGCAGCAACCUCAACCCCAGCAGCAGGAGCAGCAAACCACCCACGCCUCGUACUACAACGUAUCAGCGACGAACACGUGCAAUCUGCAAGGGAUCAAUGCGACCAAUUCCCCGUUCCAAUUCCCGAAUCUGAGCCCGUACGCGGCCAACUUCACGAACAGCCAGGUGAAUCCAACCGUCCAAACGGCAGGCGGUGUUCACACGGGGCAAAUCUUUCCAAGCCCUCCCUCCACCGGCCUCGUGUUCGGCGGGCUCCAAGCGAGGGGGGGGGAGAAGCCCGUGGCCGGAUCCGGGGCGACGCUCGAGAUCUCCUCCUCGCUGAAGGGGAGCAAGAGCAAGUUACCGACCGCCGGUAACAACUCGCAGAUAGUCGCCAGCGCGACCAGCGUCGAGAAUUACAACGAAUGGCCGUCCCAAGCACAGAUCACCCCCUCCUCCUCAACGGACGUUCUGUUCAACAUAAAGGCGGCUGCGACAGGGACGACCACGAGCACCGACGAUGAGGGGAAUCGGGAGACAACGACCGGGGGGAGCAACGUCGUUCUGGAGAAAACGAGCGUGUCCACGAGCGUGUCGGCCAAGGCCCAACAACAGGAGGAGCAUUACUCGGACGAGUCGUCGGCGAGUUUCGAUUUCACGAUCGAGGCCGAGAAAAUGGUGUCCGCUCUCUGCAACAUAUCCUCGAACGAUAUAAACAAGGAGGAGGGGAAGACGGAUAAGUCGAAUUCGACGCCUUUGUUCAGCGGGGCGGGGGACACAGCGUCGAACAAGAACGCUUGGUUCACGGAGUUUUGCGCCGAUUACGGGACAGGGACGUCGAUAGCCGUCCAAACGGACGGCCCUUGCGUGGACAGGGCCCAGUAUCAAGAGUUGUUGAGAAAAGUGGUGUACUGGGGCUGCACGGAGGCGGAGUUAGUAUUGAACAACAGCUCGAAGACGAAUCCGAGAUGCGGCUGGUUGAGAAACUUGUCCACCGCCACGAAAACGGCCGUCACCAAGUCGUCCACGUGUUUCCCGAUAUUUGCCGGCGAUCGGGUAUUCGUCGCCGAUCUGAUCAACGCUUUGCUGCGCAUAAGCAACGGUUGGCUGAUACUCGACAAUUACUUGAACAAGCAACAUUACCCGAGCCUCAACGAGAAAUUCGAUUGCGAGUUGGUCAGGUGUUUCCGCCUUUGGGAGGAGAGCACCCACGAGCUGUUGAAUCAGAUCGUCCAAACGUUCCUCAAGCUCGAGGAGGGCAACGUCGAGCCAACGACGACUAAUUUCACCACCAACAACGAGCAAACGAAAUCAGAAUCAUUCGGAACCUCUUUUCCAGGUGACGUUUCAGUUUACACGAAUCGCGACUUGUUCGAUCCAUCCUCGUCCACGUCUAUCAUCGCUACCGCCCCGUCGAAACAGAAGGUGGCGGCGGAUAAUAAAAAGGACGGUGGCCAAGAGGUGGCGUGUUGCGGCGGCAACUCGGUCGGCCAAUUGUCCGCCUGCGGCAGCCUGCGCAACUUCACGCUGUACGGCCAGGCUGAACAGAAACAGCAGCAACAGCAGCAGCAACAGCAGCAGCAACAACAACAGCAACAACAGUCCUCCUCCUCCUCCUCCCAGAAAGAGUCGAAAUUGCGAAGGCACGCGAAAUCCGGGGGACAGGCGAACAGUAGAUACCGUUCGAGGGGCAGCUCGUCGUCCGGGAAGAACGAGACGCCUACUCAAUCGUUGAACGCCGAAUUCUUUCACCUGAGAAGCAAGAUACUGACCGAGAGCAAUCAAGACUCGUCCAGGCAGCAGUGGUUGUACCACAACAAGGAGAAGAAGCAAGAUUUCCCCGAGGCCAAGGUCUCCUCCUCCUCCCCCUCCCACGUGGCGGACAGCGUGGACGGUAUAUUCAGACUGCAACGCCAACUGGACGUGGAGAAUUGCGAGGCCGGUUACGGGCAGAAAUGUUUGUCGAGGGUGGAAUCCUCCUUCCUCAAUCCAUCGAUCAGCCUCGAGUCCAUGUACUUCCCGGCAACGAGCGAGCACGACGCGUUCUAUCCAAGUUACGCGGUUUGCCCCCCGCCCUACGCAUCCCUCGACUACAAAAGCUCGAAGACGAGCUUCGACUCGUCCCAGGGUCACAACAACAGGAACAAGGCGAACGUGGAUCUCGUGUACGUGGGCAAGUCGUCCACCAGCCAAUUGGAAUUGGCCGCGGUCCCCAAGGACAAGAUGACGUUGCUCAGCCAGAUCGAGCCGAGCAUACCCGAAAAAUCGUCCGAGGAGAUGACCGCAAAUUUGUCCGCCUGGUUCGCGAGCAUGAGGAACCCGGACAAUCCCAGGCAGAUACCGUUCAUGAACCUGACCGACGUGAACGCCGCGGACACGAUGGUCGCGGGGAGGGGAUCGGCACCUCGCCAAGACAUGUCGAAGAACACUAUGGAUCUGACCAAUUGCAUCAGGCAAUUGCAGAUAGACGCGAACCGCCAAUUUCAAACGUUGCAGAACAUACAGAGCGUGCAAACGGCUCCCUGGAACGCGUACAAUUUGAUCAACAAUCGCGUCCAGGUGCAACAGGUCCCGGAGGAGUACGACAGCUCGGAGGACGUGAGGGUGUACAUGAAGCCGGGCAGUUACAACGUGCCCAAGAAGAGGCAUCAGAGGAGGUCGAACAGACGUUUGGAGAAUUCGACGAAUUCGAGGAACGUGGCGAACGGGUCGAGUCACAACGCGAGGAGCCAUUACGCGGGCAAGGAGAAGUUCUGCGUCCCCGCGUCGUCCACUCCCGUCUCGAGGCCGGCGAGCAUCCCCGCUUCGACGGCCGGCGUGAACAACAACGGCUCGGCCACGAUGAAACUGCCGUUCCCCGCCACCCCCAUCGUACCCCCCCCAACAUUCUCCCUCGAGAAUUCGCCGAGGAUCUUGAAACGAUCCGACGUUUCCAAUUACACCGUGUCCGAGGACGUGACAUGGAAGGCCGCCUGCGCCUCGGCCGAGAUCCUGUUGGAGGCUUUGAACGUGAAGGAGGACGCGGAUUUCAAAAAGCCGGAAAUGGAGAGAUCGGUGGACGUGGUGGUCGGUGGUGAAAAGUACGGGUGCGACGAUGGUGCGAUGGUUGUUGUUAAGAAGGACGAUGACAUGAUGAUGGAGGAGGGGAUGGCGGUGGGGCAGACGGGUGUGGUGCAAGGCGAGGAGAAGUUGGAGGAGAGCAUCUCGAAAAAUUUGAAGGAGAACAACGACGGUGUGUCGAGUUACGAGGCGUCCGAGGAUGACUCAGGCUCCACGAAUCAUUUCUCACCCAACACAAGUAUCAACGAAGUUUCACAGUUAUCUGGUAAUAAAAAUGGUUCUAGUAAAAUGAAUGUAAAAACGGACUCGUGGUUAAUCAAAACUUUGAACAACGCUAACAUGGCAAAUAAGCAGAAACGGCGGAAAAACAACGCUGUCCAGCAACAUAGCUCCGAAUCGUCGAACAGUUCGGUGACAGAGAACGAGCAAACGAAUCCUAUCGUCUCGUUGGUGUCCAACAGUACGAUAACGACGGUGGCGACAACGACGACGACCGUGAAAAAUCUCCAACAGACGAUAUGCUCGAGGAAAAGUUCGUGCGUCUCGUUGAACAACGACCAGACAACGUCCGAAGAGACGGAACGUGUCGUGGGGAAAGCCACUUAUUCCGAAACUGUGCGCCGCUGCGCCUCCUUGAGCGCAUCCUUCUCGGAGAAGAAAGAAUUUUCCAAGAAAAGCAAAUUAAACAUUGCCAAUGUGUCAACGAUUUGCAGCACUGUGAUACCGAUACCCGGCCGUAAAUGUCAGAGAAAAGAUUUCGAGAAAUCUUACUAUCUGUUGCACAGCAGAUCCCGCAAGUGUUCCGGGAAAAAGGCAACGAAAAAUUGCGAGAUCGAUGGUGAUUCUCAAUCGAUGGAAGGAACGUUGAAAUCGACCGUCGCGGUAAAGCACGGGAAAAAGAGGGAAAACGCUGGAUGCAUCGAAUUCUUGGACGGGAAAUAUGGUGGGAAGACUAGCGACAGAGGUUGGUCCGUAUGGUACAGUUCGAAGAGGAAACAGAGUCUUAGCCCGCUUGCGCUUAGCAAAUUGGAAAUGAUACAUCAAACGGUUUGGCAAAUGGAUGAAGCAGAGGUUUUCAAGUGUCCAUCUUCGGGGGGCAAUAAUCAAUCUUCUACAUACACGAUCGAGGACUAUUGUAAAGUCAUUAAAAGUCCAAUGUUCCUAGAAACGGUUGAAUACAAAUUAAAGAAUCGAGUUUACCAUAAAGUGGAACACGUCGUUAGAGACUUUCGUCGUAUUGUUUAUAAUUCAAAAUUAUAUCAUAAGGAUGAUCAUGAUCGAGUAAAAGUAAUCGAAACACUAUCGAAGAAACUCGAAGAACUUUUCGAGGAACAUUUCGCGAGUUGGGACUUCGAUAAUAUUAGCGGUAGUCCAAGGGAAAGUUCACCAGUGCUGCAUCGAUUUAAAACGGCUGGACAAAAACCGGUAACUGGACGUUACGGCAAUACGAAGAAAUGUCAGUCUUCUUCGAUUACCGAAAAUAUAUAAUAUCUGCCAUUAGUAAUAUGCUUUUCUGCGACAUCGAACUACACUUGAGGAAUUAUCGUGCCUAUGAUUCAUGGUGACAUUUCAUUACGCAUUUGCAAUUCAUAUUAUUAUUAGAUUAACAGAUAAACUAAUCGCAUCGAGUUUAUGUAAAAUUGUUAGAUUCGAAAUUAAGUAUAUCUGUAAGGAUCGAUCAUAAUAAUACGCUCUAGUCACGCAUCAGUUCGUAUUGUUGUCACAACGUAAGCGUUCUACGGUUUUUCUUUCGCAUCGCAGUUUGCUACGUUCAAACAAUUUUCGUUUAUUUUCAAAGAAGCGAAAGUUUAAACGCUUAGUUUUCUGGUACAUACACCCGUAUAAGAUAAUGCAUCUUAAAUGUGAAACAAAACGAUAGUUACAUUUACCUUUUUUAUACCACUGAAUUAUAUAACAAAAAAUAGUUAAUGACAUUGCAAUGAUCAUAGUCUAAAACUUGACAACACUUAAUUAAAAGAGAAUAAUUCGACGCUAUUUUGCCCUAGCAAGAUUAAAACACGAUUAAACAAAAGUAGUGGGAAAAACGAUCAAAAUAUUAUAAGAAUAAAAUAAUUUUUCAUUUGUAAUAUUAUCGUUAUGCGUGAAAUAUAUUACAUGAGAAUAAAAAGAAGACAAAUAUUAUAAUAGCAAAUUGUACUGUCAAGCAAAUAAAAAGAUUGACCAAAUAAAAGAUUUAGAAAAAUUAAAAA